AGAUUCACUCAUAACUAUUAUCAAAAGAGGAAGGCUAUAUAACAGACACACCUCCCAGUCCUGUUAAGCUCAGCUAAACACUCUUCACAAUACAAAUCCCUGUGCACAGCAAGUCAGCAUGUUUGCACACAUGGAGCUUUGCAAGGUGGAGACUGUAGUCCAUUUCAAUCAAGAGCCACUAGCUGGUGAUUAUACAAAGUGGACGAGAACCACAUAGCCCAGCAUGACUUUCUUUACCUGCUUAUUUAGUCAGUGGUUCAUAGGUGUACUGAAAGGACCACUCAGAAGGUAAUCUUUUCAUUGCACUAUUUAAAUGCCUGAAAAACUGCUUUCAUUGCUCUUCUUUAGUAAUUUGGUUUAGAAUUUCUAAGUUCCGCCAACUGGUUUUGGACCAAGUAUCAUCUGUUGAGGUUUCCGAUUUGGCCAGCACAGGCUGCCACUGGACAUGCAACAAGGCGUGCGGGUCUGUGUGCCCCCUGCGAGUGUACUGGGCCUGUUUUGUCGAGGCUGUUGGAGCAGGAUGCGGAGUUUGCCUGGUCGCAGCUUUAGCUGUUUGCCCAGGCAGAUGAGCAGGUGGAACAGUCAGGAGUCCUGUGGCCCCCCACCUCCUGAUGAAAACCCCCGUGUCCUCAUCACUGGUGGUCUGGGACAGUUAGGGGUUGGACUUGCACAGUUACUGAGGCAACAGUUUGGAACAGAGAACGUAAUCCUGUCAGACAUCAAGAAGCCUCCACCUCAUGUUGUCAGCAGUGGUCCAUUUGUAUACGCUGAUGUGUUGGACUACAAACAUCUGAGAGAACUGGUUGUAAAUAACCGCGUCACUUGGCUGGUCCACUACAGUGCUCUACUCAGUGCUGUGGGCGAGGCUAAUGUGGCUUUGGCACGCAAGAUCAACAUCACAGGCCUUCAUAAUGUGCUGGACUUGGCCUUAGAGAACUGCUUACGCCUCUUUGUCCCAAGCACCAUUGGAGCAUUUGGUCCUUCUUCCCCGCGUGACCCGGCCCCAGACCUCUGUGUCCAAAGACCUCGAACCAUCUAUGGUGUGUCAAAAGUACAUGGAGAGCUGAUGGGGGAGUAUCUUCAUCACAAAUACGGUCUUGACUUCCGCUGUCUACGCUACCCAGGUGUUAUAUCAGUUAACACGCCUCCUGGAGGGGGAACAACAGACUAUGCUGUACAAAUCUUCCAUGAUGCUCUGAGCACAGGUCACCAUGAGUGCUACCUGCGUCCUGACACCCGUCUUCCCAUGAUGCAUAUCUCUGACUGCCACCGUGCUACAAUAGAGUUCAUGCAGGCCCCAGAGUGCCAACUGUCUCUGCGGACGUAUAACAUUGCCGCAAUGAGCUUCACUCCAGAAGAGGUGGCCCAAGAAAUCCGCAAGCACCUCCCUCACCUCAAGGUUACCUACAAUCCUGACUCUGUGCGCCAGACCAUCGCAGACAGCUGGCCUGUGAGGUUUGAUGACUCAAAUGCCAGGAGAGAUUGGGGUUGGGCACCAGCCUUCGGGCUUGAGGAGCUGGUGUCGGACAUGCUGCGCUCCAUUCGAGACAUGAGGACCAAUGAGGGUUUGCCAGUUAGCUAGCAAAACCUGCUUUGAACAAUUCCCUACUCCUGACUUCUAUUCAGCCUUUAUUUCCCAAUAAUAUAUUCCUUUUCACUUCACUUCACUUUCACUAGUUGUCAAACUACAGUAUACUUCUUUCCACUUCACUUUCACAAGUUGUCAACCUGUACCCUCUGUUAUUCUGGUACAUGUCAAAAUGAGCCAGGGGCUGUUUGUAAAGAAGGAACUCUCAGUCAAAUUCUCCAAUAUAUGGUGUAAAAUAUGACAUAAUAUGUAUGCGCUCACAUACAUUUCAGUCUUUUUCAGGGAAUCAUACACUGUCGAAGUCAGACUUUCUCUUCAUAUUUGUUGUUUUAAUUGUUUUCAUAGUAAAGGCAGCAAUUUAAAUAUGGGAAUGUUGCCUCAGAUGGAACAGACAGGUAAUUUUCCAUAAUUUUCCAGAUUUCUAAAUGUCAUGUGAACCACAUCCACAUACUCUAAAGUCUGUUACAAUGUCUAAUGAAAUGUCUGUCACAAUAAGGAGCAGUUGUACAUGUACAGUUACAAAUACAGGGUACACUUUAAUUUCUGGAUCACUCAGUCUACUCUGGACUGCAAUUACCUAUCAUGCAUUUAGGCUGUAUUAAAAGGCAUUCUUCUACAAUAUAGUCUCUAAAGUGACAGUAUGCACUGUAUCUUCACCACCCUUGCUGUGACAUCUAACAGUUAGCCUUUAUGUAUUUUUUUCAGCAGUGUGAUUUGGGUUAUAAAGGAGUAUAAAUAGCAAGUAAAGCCUUAAUUACUAUAGAUUACUUUUGAAAACAUUUAUUUAAAAAAUGCAGUGUACUUUGAAUCAGACCUUGAAUAUUAAAAAUGUUCAUAUCCAAACUGAAGUGAUUUUUGUAAAGUCUUGUUCUCCAGCUAUUCUGCAUGCUCAAUAAAAAGGCUUUUUGCUA